GUCCAUUAAAGAUCACUCUUCUCCAUUCUCAAACACAUCGUCCUCUUCUUCCCCCAAAUUGAGGAGAGAGAAACCCUAGGCGAUGGCAAUGGCCAGCUUGGCGAGGCGCAAAGCCUGCAAUCUCCUGUGCCCUAACUCAAAGGGUCUCCUCAAGAACCUAUAUUCUCUUCCAACAGCAACUCUAGAUUCUACUACUAGAUCAUUCAACACCCAAGCUGCAACCACAGCAAGCACACCUCAGUCUCCUCCCCCACCUCCACCUCCAGAGAAAACCCACUUCGGUGGUCUCAAAGAUGAGGACCGCAUAUUCACCAACCUUUAUGGCUUGCACGACCCAUUCCUCAAAGGUGCUAUGAAGAGGGGUGACUGGUACAAGACUAAGGACCUUGUGCUCAAGGGAACCGAUUGGAUUGUGAAUGAAAUGAAGAAAUCUGGCCUCCGAGGACGUGGAGGAGCUGGUUUCCCUUCUGGUCUCAAGUGGUCGUUCAUGCCCAAGGUAUCCGAUGGCCGCCCCUCGUAUCUUGUUGUGAAUGCUGAUGAGAGUGAACCCGGUACUUGCAAAGAUAGAGAAAUUAUGCGCCAUGACCCCCAUAAACUUCUUGAGGGGUGUUUGAUUGCUGGUGUUGGCAUGAGGGCAACCGCUGCUUACAUCUACAUCAGAGGAGAGUAUGUAAACGAACGUUUAAACCUUGAGAAGGCAAGGAAAGAAGCAUAUGCAGCUGGGCUUUUAGGGAAGAAUGCAUGUGGAUCCGGGUAUGAUUUUGAUGUUCAUAUCCACUAUGGUGCUGGUGCUUAUAUCUGUGGGGAGGAGACUGCUUUAUUGGAGAGUCUCGAAGGAAAACAAGGGAAACCAAGAUUGAAGCCCCCAUUCCCAGCCAAUGCGGGUCUCUACGGUUGCCCAACCACUGUAACCAACGUUGAAACUGUUGCAGUAUCUCCCACGAUUCUGAGGCGUGGGCCCGAAUGGUUUGCAAGCUUUGGUCGGAAGAACAAUUCUGGCACAAAGCUCUUCUGCAUUUCCGGACACGUGAACAAGCCUUGCACUGUGGAAGAAGAGAUGAGCAUUCCAUUGAAAGAGUUGCUAGAAAGACACUGCGGUGGAGUAAGAGGAGGGUGGGAUAACUUGCUGGCAAUUAUACCUGGAGGUUCCUCGGUUCCCCUCCUCCCGAAACACAUUUGUGAUGAUGUCUUGAUGGACUACGAUGCCCUAAAGGCCGUUACGUCCGGAUUGGGAACCGCAGCGGUGAUUGUUAUGGACAAAUCCACUGAUGUUGUGGAUGCAAUUGCAAGGUUGUCGUACUUCUACAAGCACGAGAGCUGCGGGCAGUGCACACCUUGCAGGGAGGGGACAGGAUGGCUAUGGAUGAUGAUGGAGAGGUUGAAGGUGGGCAACGCAAAACUUGAAGAGAUUGAUAUGCUUCAAGAGAUCACAAAGCAGAUCGAAGGCCACACGAUCUGUGCGUUGGGUGAUGCAGCAGCUUGGCCAGUGCAGGGAUUGAUCAGGCAUUUCAGGCCGGAGCUCGAGAGGAGGAUCAGGGAGAGAGCAGAGAGGGAGCUCUUGGAGGCUGCGGCAGCUUGAAUUGAUGCUGUGGAUUGACCAUCUCCCUUGUUUGAUGUUGUGUAUUGAAAUAAGUUAAUGCUAUUUGUGUUCAGCAUCUCUACUGAAAGUGAAGCUGGUUCUCUGUCAGGAAACCUUAUAUCACCUGUUUUCGUAAGUGCAGCUGAAAUUGAGAAACUGAUCAGGGAAUGAAUUCUUCUGACAAAACUAUUGGACCCCAUUUUUUGUUGUUUAUGUCAAAAAGACAUGUUUUGCUGCUAUGAACGUUGUAUUCUAUUGACAUGCGUACAGCAGUGAUAGCACUUUUAUUUGUUCG